AUGCCAGCACAAAAGUACGAGAUCGUGCUCGACGACCAGCUGCAAUGGGUCCGUGUACCUCUGCCGAGCAAGGCCGCGUUGGCCGCAGCAGCCGAGAGCAAGCGCCAGAGGCUCUUUGAAGAACGCUGGGUGGAAAAGGCAGACUCGGACCAGCCCGACGACCUCGACCGCUUUCUCGAAGAAGUCAGGACCAUUGCAGCCGGUGCCGUGGGCAAGAAGAACCGUGAGCUGGCGACUCGCACCAUGCUUUCUGCCCACAGCACAGUCUGUCUCGACCAUGACCGGCGUAUUGCCUUUGGCCAAGUCCGCCCCCCACCCAAGUCCAUUUUUGGUGUCCGCGACGGCGGCGUCGACACGCGGCGGUACCGGCACCGGCGUCACCGCCCGGACGGAGCCCACCUCAAGAACAAGGUUACCGGUCUUCCUCGCUGCCACAGCGACAUCGCUGCCACAUGCCUCGCACCGGAGCCUAGCCAGUUCGACAGCGGCAGCAUCGUGGUGGCCGGGCUGGCCAAGCUUGGCGAGUGGACGGAGUCAGCUCACGGCCGAGCCGGUAUAUUCUCCGAGGAGCGUGUCCGCAGAAACCGGAAGCAGGCUUUGAGCAAUGCCAUGCGGCGCAGCCAGCCCAAAGGUUCGACGGUGUAUCAGGCGCUGAGGCUUCUGGUCGGAAUUCCAGUUGCACUUAUCGCCACCAUGGUUGUCAUUGAUAUUGUCCGCCAUGCCGAGGGCUGGCACAACAUCGCCAUCGAGAACCAAAGAAUUCAAGAUCCCGUCCUGACGGACCGGGGUGAGAAACAGUGUGACAACCUGCGGGCCACAUACCCUCACGGCAAGAAGCUGAAUAUGCUAGUAGCCUCGCCGAUGCAGCGGACGCUGCAGACCUGCAUUUUGUCGUUCGGUGAGCUUGCUCCCAGCGGCACUAUUGUGGUGGCCAUCCCAGAGCUGCAGGAACUGUCGACCCUUCCGUCUGACGUGGGCUCGGACCCAUCCGUUCUGCACAAGCUGUUUGGAGACCAGGUCGACUUUUCGCGCGUCAAGCCCGGCUGGAACAACAAGAGCGCCGACACUCCCUUUGAGCCCACCAUCCCCAAGAUCGAGGCCCGCGCCCGCAAAGCCCGUUGCACGCUGCGGGAGCUGACGGCGCACUUGGGCGGAGACGACCACAUUGCCGUGGUCUCGCAUGGUGCCUUUCUUCACUUCCUCACAGAGGACUUUCAUGGGGUGCCGCCGGAGCGAGCUACCGGUUGGGAAAAUACCGAGUACCGGUCGUAUGUCUUUGCGGACCCGACAGGUGCCGAUGAGAACGCCACUCUUCAGGAGAUGGCGGAAAGCCGCAUAGCCCGACUCGGGCACAACGACAGCGUGGACCAGGACAGCCUGAAGAAGAACCACAUCGAAGUGAUCCUGGACCAAAUGGCCCAGGUUGUCGGUAUGGACAGAGGCUUCAAGUUCCAAUAG